AUGUUUUCACCCAAGCCGAAGAAAGUCCACUACUCAUCCACGACGAAGGGAGGAAAGUCGCAUUCCUCGCACUCGCACUCCAAAGGCCAUUCUCACAAGGCAAGCCGGGACUCGGGCGUAGGAUCGUCUAGCGCCUCGGACCGAGCAUCAUUAGGCACCUCGCCCAACGAAUCGCCCUUCAACUCGCAGGAAAUCCAGAACCAGCGUCACAAUCCCACAGCCUUGAACGAGGCGCUUGAUGCUGCCAAUGAACGGAUCCGCGAAUUGGAGGAGAAGAACGCGCAGUGGAACAGUCUCCUGUCUGAGAGCAACAAGGAGAAUCGCCUACUCAAACGAGAGAGGAACGACUUGUUGAAUGAUGUUGAUGAUUUAAACGACGAAUUGGCGGAGCAGCGCAAGAUCAAUGAGCGAUUGAGACGGGAUGGUGGGCAGCGCACUAGCGCUGCAAUCACACAUGUGGCAAACUCGGCUGCACCAAGACGAAGCGAAGUAUCUCGGAGGGAGAGGGGAGACAGAGCGGAGAGAGAGAGAGAGACGGAGAGGGGAGAGCGAAGCUAUCGCGAGGAGCGACGAUUCAGCACCAGCAGAGCAAGCCCAACAUCUCAAGCUCAAGCACUGGCGCCUCAAGCACCGCCAAAAAAUCCAUCGAAUCCAUUCACCCCCCUUUCUGAGAGAGGAAGCGCUCCAGCGGCCCCGUAUACAGUAUCAGUUGCUCCAUCGGCGGUCACGUAUGCAGCAUCACCUGCGAUAACCUAUUCUGCGGCCCCGGUGUUUCCCGUGGCGCGACGGCCGGCGCACUCGGCUGCGCCAUCGACGCAUGAGCGGAUGUAUCCGAACGACGGCAAUUAUCAUGCUUAUCCAGUGUGA